UCUCCCCGGACCCCGCACUCACUACAUCCGCUCUCCCCGGACCCCGCACUCACUACAUCCGCUCUCCCCGGACCCCGCACUCACUACAUCCGCUCUCCCUGGACCCCGCAUUCACCACAUCCGCUCACCCCGGACCCCGCACUUCACCACAUCCGCUCUCCCCGGACCCCGCAUUCACCACAUCCGCUCUCCCCGGGCCCCGCAUUCACCACAUCCGCUCUCCCCGGACCCCGCAUUCACCACAUCCGCUCUCCCCGGACCCCGCAUUCACCACAUCCGCUCUCCCCCCGGACCCCGCAUUCCCCACAUCCGCUCUCCCCGGACCCCGCAUUCACCACAUCCGCUCUCCCCGGACCCCGCAUUCACCACAUCCGCUCUCCCCGGACCCCGCAUUCACCACAUCCGCUCUCCCCGGACCCCGCAUUCACCACAUCCGCUCUCCCCGGACCCUGCAUUCACUACAGUUUAAAAGGA